AGAAAACACGAACAGCCUCGUGAAUAGGUAAUCCAUCUAUCGACCCUCGAUCGGCGCCCUUUUUCCCCAAGCAAAAGCCCUACAAAUCUCACUCUGACUCGAGAGCUCGAGGGAGAGAGAGAAGGACAGAGGCUGAGAGGGUACGUCAUGGAUGCGAUAAGGAAGCAGCUAGACGUGCUGAUGGGGGCGAACCGGAACGGCGACGUUCGGGAGGUGAACCGCAAGUACUACGAUCGCGACGUGUGCCGCCUUUACCUCGUUGGCCUUUGCCCUCACGAGCUCUUCCAAUUGACGAAAAUGGAUAUGGGUCCCUGCCCAAAGGUCCACUCCUUGCAGCUGAGGAAAGAAUAUGAGGAAUCCAAAGCAAAAGGGACUGACAACUAUGAUAGAGAUUUGGAGGAUGUCAUCGAUAGGCUCAUUCUUGAGUGCGAUAGGAAGAUCACUAGAGCCCUUAGGCGCCUUGAGGCUGAGGAUGCAAAAGCUGCUAUAGCAAUUUCUGUCUCAGAAGUUACACAGACAUCUGAGGUGCUUGAGCUAUCCAAGCAUAUCAAAGAGAAGUUGAAAGAAGCUGAUCAAUAUGAUCUUGAAGGCAAAACAGAUCUUAAAAUUCGAGCUUUGGAGGUGGUAGAGGAACUAAGAACCAAAAGAGCGGACAAACAGUCCAUGCUUCUUUUGGAUGCAUUCAAUAAAGAUAGGGCAUCUUUGCCUCAACCCCUGCCAAACCCACCACCUUUGGCACCCUUGCCUGUAGUUACACCUGAUCCUCGUACACAGGAAAUGAUAAAUGAAAAGUUGAAGAAAGCAGAGGAUCUUGGUGAGCAGGGUUUGGUUGAAGAGGCACAAAAGGCAUUAGAAGAGGCUGAAGCUCUUAAGAAGCUACCUGCUCGGCAGGAGCCUGCUCUGGAUUCCUCCAAGUACACUGCUGCUGAUGUUCGCAUUACUGAUCAGAAGUUACGCGUUUGUGACAUUUGUGGAGCAUUUUUGAGUGUUUAUGACAGUGACCGCCGUUUAGCUGAUCAUUUUGGUGGGAAGCUUCAUUUAGGCUAUAUGCAAAUCCGAGAGAAGUUAGCAGAGCUUAAGGAAGAGAAAGAAAAGGGCCGAAAGGUUGAUCGGGAUGAUAGAAGAUCAAAAGAACGCAGCAGGGACAGAGACAGGGAGCCUAGUAAGGACCGGGAACGAGGAGAUAGCCGUGACCGAGGAAGGGAUCAUGAUCGUAGGAGCAGAGAUCGUGAUAGGCAUUAUGAUCGUGAACGUGGAUAUGAUCGGGAGCGUGAUAGAGACAUAGAUCGCUCCCGCAGUUAUGAUUCAAGAAGUCGCCGCAGGUCACGGUCAAGGGAGCGUUCCAGGGACUAUGAUCGCCACAGGCAUUAUGAUCGGUACUAGAAGAUCCUUGCUGUGGAGCAUAUGGAUUUGAAAUGUGUUCUUGUCUAGAUCAGUGUUUAGACAAAUGUAGGGAAAUGAUAAUUAUGUUUUUAAUUACAUGUCUAGUGGAGUUGGAGCUGGAGCUGUCAUUCCCCUGUGAUGGAGACGUAAUUUGGUGCUUAUGUUUUCUCAAGUAUGUGUUUGAAAGGUAUGUUCGACGCUAAUCGAAGUUGGAGUUUGAAUUCCUCUUAAAUUUGGCUGUAAUCUUGGUGACUUUCAUGGUAUUGAAAUUUGGUCGAGGUGGAUUGUGUACGCUA